CUGUAUUCUUCUGCAACAAAGGACUUCCAACGUUUUCAAGCUACCUUCUCAGAGAAUUCCACAGUCAAUUUUUCAAGUAAUAACAAAUGGAAUUUGUUAGAGAAGUUGAAGAACUCCGGGGUAACCAGGGUAGGGAAGGGGAAGAAAGCGUGAUAUCCGUAGAACUAAUUACGAUGAUUGUACCUCCGGAACUGCAAGACCGGCCGGAAUCCCUUACACCAGAGAGUAGCGCCAGUUCCAGCGUGCACGAGGGUUCCAGUGCGAAUCCCUCUCCGUCAUCUGGAGGCUCGUCAUCAAAAAAGACCCCCAGUGCCGGAGAAGGCACAGAGGAAGGUGUAAGUAGCCCUUCGCCGGAAAGUAUGGAGGUGGCUGUGGAUGCGCCCGUGGUUGCAGGUUGGGAGAAUAAAACAAUAAACAGCAGGCUAGGUAAUCUUCGCAAGGCGCCACAUACAUUGGCUGUCAGAUUUAGGUUUAUGGCCAACCUGCAUCACGAGGUUGCGGAUUGCGCCGCCUCCAUUAAAGGGUACAAAAGAUUGGAGGAAGUGGUGAGGCAAUACCAUGUUCCUAGGAUAGUUUUGGUACGAACUGGCACCAAGAAUGAAAGGGCCUACAGUGUGUCAGCAACAGGGUGGAUACCCGUAUAUGUAGACCACUUCGAUGCCGGACUGAGAUUCCCACUGCUGGAGCUGAUUUUUGACAUUCUCUCAGAGUACGAGUUGGCGCUGACGCAGUUGACCCCCAACAGCAUCAAGUUUAUCAUAGGAUUUAUGCUGUUGUGUGCAAGGUUGGAGAUACCUGCAAAGGCCACACAGACGAGGUGGGUUAGCAACGAUCUGGCAGCCCGCCUCUCUGAGUGGCACCUAGGGAACACAUACAUGAACUACCCCACGCUAACCCAAGGUGAUCUGGAGCUUAAGGACAAGAUAACGAAUUAUGUGAGGAGAGUGGGGUUAAUUGAUUUGGAAGCCCUGGUUACCCCUAAGGUGCUCGCUUUGCGUGGGUUUGUGGAUGUUACAAACCUGUUUAGUGAAGGAGAGAUAAGUAGCAUGCUAGAGAGGCAACGCGAACGAGCUCAGCGCUCACGAGCUAGAGGGACUGGGUCCAGCACGCAAAGGCAAACACGCUUUGACGAGCGACCGCCUAUAGCACCUCGCAGCUCGUCACAGAGAGAGCGAGGCUCCAGCUCGGCCUCACGGCCACAAGCCGAGUGUAGAGCAGAAACCAUAUCUGUUGAGACCCGGAGGUGCGCUCGUGAAGAUUCCGAUGCCGAAGAUGAUGUACCUUUGAUUCGGUGCCGGUUGAACUCUAGGAGCCAAUCCGAAGCGGUGCGCUCACUUGACGCACCCGCGACCCAGACUCGCAGCACUGCUGAGGCGCUACCCACACCAGCAGCUAGUGUGGGUCCCAGGAUCGCAUACCCUGAGGGCUUUAGCUAUACUAAAUCCGACUGUCAGCUCACUAUGGUCCAGGGUAUGCAAAACUUCAUCCCUCCUGCGGAUCGUCAUCGCACCAAGGGUUAUACUCAGCAGCACGGGAGUCAUGCUGCGAUGCUGAAGUUAAUGGAUGCAGCUCGUGGACAAAAUCGUGAGCUGGCUGAGAGUUGUAAGCGGUUGACCUCAGACAAGGCGAGCUUGGAGGACGAGGUGAACCGCUUACAAAGCUCGGAGAUGGCCAAUAGGGCUGCAUCGGCCGAGAGCCGAGCUGAUGAGCUGGCCAACAAAGUUAAUCAACUGCAGGAGGAGUUGGAUAGAGUUAAGGCUGAAAAGGAGAGUGGGAUCCAAGCGGCCAUGGAUGAGGUCGUUCGCGCGGUUGAUCGCACGAAGAAGGCUAAAGCUGAAAGAGACAGCGCUCUGAACGACCUCAACACCUUGAGACGGCGGGUAGCGGUGGCCGAUCAGGACCUUGCUCGUGCAAAGGAGGGGCUGAGGAAAGCAAAAACUCAACACCAGCGCUGUAUAAGCAUCGCGCGAGCUCAAGGCGCGGAGUGGCUAGUGGGUGCUAACAUGUUCAAGGAUGCCGUGGCUGUGGCUUCCAUGAACACCACGAUCGAGAUUUACAAUGACGUUCGUGGUAAGGUGUUAAAGCAUCGACCAGACUUUUCGAUCAACGAGCUAGCGUUUUUUGAAGGUGAAGAGCUUGAUGAAGAGGGGAAGAGCCUUGCUGAUCCCGCUGACAUGACGGUGCGACUCUGUUGGGAGCUAAACGAAGAAGGAGUGCCUAUAUGGCCUCCGUCUGUUUUAGAAGAAGGAGAGGAGUUUGAGAACCUACCUAGGUUUGACUCCUAAGUGGGUGACGCUCCUAUAGAAGAAGCUGAACCCUCAAGUACUCCCCCCGCACCUCAGCCCGCCUCUACUGCUGCCAUCUCCUCCCCAGCUCGUGUUGGCGCAUCCAUACCCGUUGACUUAACGGAUGACUAGAUUUAGGUUUUUAUGUUUCUUUUGCUUUUGUAGUUUUAGAAUUUCCUUAUUUAAGACAUAUUUUGUAUCUAUGCUGAGACUCAUGUAAUUCAUUUACAAGGAAUAUAAUCUGAAUGAUUUU